GUAUCUCGAACGUUAGGCCGCACGAACGAUUCGUCUGUAGGCGAUAUCGUCACGGAUUGCAAGUUUGUAACUCUGUCGUUCGUCUUCGUCUUGCCUUUACGUCGAUUACGUUGCUAUCGUCUCGGUUACGUUGAAUGAUGUUGCCGGAUGUAAUUUUGAUGUACUUUCAAAGAUUUUUUCUUAGAUUUCUAAUAUUUUCAGCUUAUUUCAAUGCUUUUUAUUUUAAAUGGGCAACAUCGGAAUUGUUUACAUUUUGGUUUUGCUUAAAAGUGUUUUGGUUGUGUUGCGGAAAGAAUAUAAGGAAAAUCUAUUUUAAAAAAUGUAUGCUGCUAUAGCGCUAAUGGACGCCGAGGAAUCUGAAGAAAGGGAAAGGCGGAUACAGAGGAGGAGAUUGCGAGACCACACCAAUGUAAUGGAACUACCUGAGACUGAAUUUGUUGCAAAUUUCCGAAUCAAUAAGGAAAUAUUCCAGUACAUUUUAAAUGAAUUACAAGAGCAUAUGGCUCCAUCACAUAGAAGCACCCACCUAUCGCACCAGCUGAAACUCGCGACUUUUUUAAGAUUUCUGGCCACCGGCAGUUACCAAAAAUCUGUUGGUAACGAAAAUAUUUCGUCGAUGGGGCAGUCAACUAAUUCAAUGUCAGUAAAAUGGAAAUAG